AUGCUCAUUGGCAAGUUUGAUGUGUAUGUGGAGAGCAACGCGGUGCGGCCCGAGGUGGGGAAUCGAGUGGCGGCCAUGACGUGCUUGGCGGUGGUAGGGCUAGUGCCUACUCCGCUCCACACACUGCUGGUCAUGGUGGCCGAGGCGAAGCAUGUGGGGACACUGCUCGGCGCCCAUCACGUGUAUGCUGUUGAGCGGGUUGUCGUCCUCCCGGUCGGUCCGCCGCAGAUCGCCUUCUCGGGCUCAACCAAGCAAGCCGCGCGCAUCGAGGCCGAGGUCAAGAAAGUCCUCGAGUCUGGCGGUGUGUACUACUCGCACACCUACGACCUCUCGCUCCGGUUGGAGGCCGCUGUCCGCUUUGGCUUUCAGCCGCACGCCGGCGACGCAAGCGCCAACCGGUCGGUCUCGUGGAAGGUGUGCCAUCCCGAAAUGGUGUGGAACUUUGCUGCGACGGCGGUGUUUCGUGAGGCUGGCGCCGACCGCUGGAUUGUGCCCAUGAUCCACGGCUUUGUCGGUUUUGUUGUUGGCACCAAGAUCGGCUCGGCGUGGGUCGACCUCGCUCUCAUCUCGCGGCGGUCAACAAACCGGGCCGGCGUCCGCUACCACCGCCGCGGCAUCGACGACAACGGCCAUGUCGCAAACGCCGUCGAGACCGAGCAGGUUGUCCACGUCAACGCGGCAAACAGGGUCGGCGCCGCCGCCGACGACCAGGCCCACGUCUUCUCCUUUGUUCUCCUCCGUGGCUCCAUCCCGCUGUUCUGGACUCAGGGUGGGCCGGGCGACGACUCGCUCAAGCCCAAGGCCCGUCUGGCCCGGACGCUGCUCGAGUCGUACGAGGCCAUGCGCCACCACUUUGACGACCUCACUCGCGAGUACGGCCGCGUCGCCACUGUCAAUCUUGUCAACAAGGGCGGCCAUGAGGGCGGUGUCGGCAGCGCGUUCGAGACCCUCCUCGCUGAGCUCCCAGGCAACGAAUCCUGGCUUGCUGCACAGCUCUGGUUUGACUUUCAUGACCGCGGCUUUGACGCCAUCCCGUCGGACGUCAUCGGUCCGCUCGAUAGCAUCCUGCUCGAAAUGGGCUACACUUGGGCGCUGCCGGAUCCGCAGCUGCCACUCUGCUCGUCACAAGCCGGAGUCAUUCGCGUCAACUGUAUGGACUGUCUCGACAGAACCAAUGUUGUCCAGUCGCUCCUCGCCAAGCACGUCCUCGCCCUCCAGCUUGCGCGCAUUGGCAUCGAGUGGGGCACGUUGAGCAGCAGCUCUGGAUCUACUGCCGGAGCCGCCGGAGCCUCCUUCGCUGAUCCGUCGCCGCCACCGCGCCCGGCCUCGACGGUCCCGCCGCCGUCCAAGCCGCUACCGCGGCUGCCGGGGAACUCGUCGAGCAAGCCACUGCCGCCGUCGCCGCGGGGAAUGCGUAAGACGAUGGCUGCAUCGGCACCAAACAUCCCGCUCGUCGAGGGCUCGUUCCUCGACAAAUUCUACGACACAUGGACGCAAAACGCCGACGCCAUCGCCAAGCAGUACACCGGAACGGGAGCCAUGAAGACCAACAUGCUCAAGUCCAAGGGCCGCUCGCUCAGGGGCCUUCUCAAGGACGGCAUGACCUCGGUCGGACGCAUGUACAAGGGCGCGUUCAUCGACUCGUACCGCCAGGCCGCCAUUGACAUGCUGCUCGGCUACCCCUCGCUCCCGCUCGACGAAUUGGCGUCGGCGUCGGCCGCCGCCGGUGGCGAGAACGCCGCCCGCCCGGGCGACCCGCCGCCGCUGCUCUCGCUCGCCCUCAUCCGCGGCGCCUGCACGCUGCUGGGCUCCUCGCUUGGCAGCGUCCAAGGCUGGGAGCUGAGCGACGCCGCGGGGCGGACCGCUGUUUUGCUCCUCACUCCGACCGGCCUCGGCUUUGCGGCGUACGCCGGCUCGGACGCCGAUUUCCGCGCGCCCGAGAUUGUGCUUGAGCUCGGUCUCGCUGACCUGGUGAGCGUCCACGGCGAGCCGAACUCUGACAGCUCGCGGUACAUGCUCCGACUCACGUUUUCGGGCACACGUGAUAUCGAGAGCCUCGAGCUGACCGCGCCGGCCCAGAUCGUCGCCGAAGGCCUCGGCGCACAGAUGCAGUAUCUCCAGUCGAUUUCGCGGACGUUUGCCGCCGCAGGUGUCCUCACCUCGGAAACCCUCGCCACUGGCGCCGCCGCCGAUGCCGCCCGUGCCGCAGCCUCCGGAUCAGGCUCGGCCACGUCGGGCUUCUCGUCAUCGGUCAAGUCGCUCUUUCGCAAAAAGCCAAAGCUCUCCUCGCUCCACGGCAGUCGCGGCGUGAGUAGGGUCAACGCGCACUUAGCACGGGCGCUUAAAGCGUCUGCAGCUGCCACGGACUCGGUCUCGGGCGCGAGUGGCAGUCGACCGCUCAUCUCGAUCGUCAUCACCACCCACAACAACAACCAGCCGUCCAACACAGAUGCGAGUGAGACCGAGAUCAGCGAGCUGAUCGCCUCACUAGUGGGCCAGAGAGUCGGUGGCUUGCGCGCGACGAGCGCGGCGCCGGGCGGGCAGGCGGGCAUCGGCUGCGAAGUCAUUUUCGUCGACGACGGCUCGGACGACGGGACGGCUGCCGAGCUGGAUGGCUCCGUCGAGGCGCUCAAGGCAGCAGGCUAUGCCAACGUCGUCGUUGUUCCACGCGGUCUUUCCUGCGGAAGCCCUGCCUGCGGCCGCAACAUGGGUGCUGCGCUGGCCGCGGGCGAGUGGCUACUCUGCCUCGACGGCGACGACAUGCUGCCCGAGGGCACCAUCGGGCGGUAUGUGGAGGCGGUGGCGGGGAGCUUGCUGGAGGGCGAAGCAGAGUCGAAGCAGACGAAUGUGGUGCUUGGUGGGCAUGUGCUGGUGGGGGAGACGGGCUGGGUCGACGAGCUAGGCAUCGAUCAUCGCUGGCGGUGUGAGCCGUACUCGGCGGGCGGCAUCUAUGCGGCCAACUCGGUCCCGUCGCAUGCACUUGUUCAUCGCACGCUGUGGCAAGCCGCCGGCGGCUACAACGAGCUCCUUCCCUCACUAGAGGACUGGAUUUACUGGUGGGCGGUGCAAGAGGUGGCCGAUGUCGCACUCGAGUGCAUCGAGGGCAACACGCUGGACUAUCGGCAACACGCACGAUCGGGCUCGCGCAACGCUGGAUCGGUCGACAUGGGUCCAUACGUGCGGGCAGCGAUGGCGACGAUGGCACCGACAGCGGUCGGUUACGACGCGGUUGCCGCAGCGGUUGCCCUCCUCCGCACCGCGCCGGCGUCGUUUGAGGCAACGUGGUUCAAUCCUCUACUUGUGAGGAGACCGCGCGAGCGUGCUAUCCUCCUCUGGAGAGCCCUGGGCCGACUCGGUCGCGGCGAUGAUGCCGCCGGCCUCGUGGAUGCCCUCGCCGCUGUGGCGGGCACCUCGACCGCAGGCCCGCAUCUGGGACUUGAUCUCCUCGCGCUCGAUGUCUACUGCACCGCCCGCGAGAGCCGAGCCGGGACUGGCAGCGAACUCCCGAGAUGCUCGCGGGCAGCCGGAUAUCCGGGCUGGCUGCUUCGGACCGAUCCGGGCGCACCGGCUUUUGACGCCGACUUUGAGUUUUCUCUCAACGGCGACUUUGAGCGGAUUCGGAUCAUUGUGUGGGAUGCGUUUUCGAACAAGCAUCGGCCAACUUACCUUGGCGAGCUGCUGCUGAGCGAGCGGGCUAUGAUGGCGAGUCCCGAGGUCAAGGACUGGUUCCCCAUCUACCGAAAUCCCAUGUCGGAUGGGGUGCUUGUCACCGGCGAGGUCCUGCUGGACAUUCUGUACGAGCCCGAGGCAUGUAAGAUCUCGGUAACGGUGGCGCGGGCGGUGGACCUGGCAGCGCAGGACACCAACGGGCUCUCGGACCCAUAUGUCAAGCUUGUGUUCGGCAAGGUGAAGAAGCAGUCCGAGGUGCAAAAGAUGACGCUCAACCCGGUGUACAACACCACCUUUGAGCUCAAGAUCAAGAAGAGCUCACCGCGGUCGCUGACGCUUUCGUUCUGGGACUGGGACCUGGCGUCUGCUGACGACUUUAUGGGCCAGGUCAAGGUCUUUUCCGCGACCUCACCCCGGGCAAGCGCAGCAUCCGGUGGUGGCUUCUCCAUGGGCGCCCGGCGAUUGUGA